GGAACACCCACCCACCUUAGGCGUCCAUGGUGGGAGCUGUCAGCCCCGCCGCGGGUCCCCGCCGACCCCUCUCGACGCCCCCUCCGCAUACUUUCUUGUUUUCCCCCUUUUUUUCUUUUAAUUAUUAUUAUUUUUUGGUGGCGGUGCGUGCUCUCGGAUGGUUUGCAGGCAGUAGCCGGGGGCUGCGCCUCCUCCUCCUCCGCCACCAUGUCGUAGGGAAGUUAUGGAGACAAAAGGAUACCACAGCUACCCAGAAGGCUUAGAUAUGGAGAGACGGUGGGGUCAAGUUUCUCAGUCUGUGGAGUAUUCUUCUGUAGGUGCUGGAGAGCAGACUGAUGACAGUAACUAUAUGGAGAUUGUAAAUGUAAGCUGCGCUCCUGGCCCUUUUGCCAACAGUGGUGCUCAAGGAAACAACAAAGAAAAACCUGAGCUACUCUCCUGCCUGCAGCAAGACAGCAGUCAGCCUGGUCUUUUGCCCUCUGACAUCAAGACCGAAACAGAGUCGAAGGAGCUGUCGGCAACAGUGGCUGAAUCCAUGGGUUUAUAUAUGGAUUCAAUACGAGAUGCCGAUUACCCCUACGAUCAGCAGAACCAGGGGAGCCCAGGAAAGAUCUACCAGAAUGUGGAGCAGCUGGUGAAGCUCUACAAGGAGAAUGGCCAUUGCUCUUCUCCCCUUCACAGCACCAGCAGGCCCUUGAGGUCUUUGAUGUCGGACUCUGGGAGCACUGUCAACGGUGGUGCCAUGCACGCUAUUGUCAAAAGCCCUAUCAUGUGUCAAGAGAAAAGCCCUUCAGGCUGCAGCCCUCAAAACAUGGCUUCCUCAGUGUGUAGUCCUGCUGGAGUUAACUCUGUGUCCUCAACUACUGCUAACUUUGGGAACUUUGCUGUGCACAGCCCCAUUGGCCAGGGAACCCCUUUGUCGCACUCGCCAAAUGUUGAGAACCGGGGGUCAAUGUCACACAGUCCUGCGCAUGUUAGCAACGUGGGGUCUCCGCUUUCUAGCCCUAUAAGCAGCAUGAAGUCACCGAUUUCCAGUCCUCCCAGUCACUGCAGUGUGAAAUCUCCUGUCUCAAGUCCCAGUAAUAUCACUAUGCGAUCUUCCGUCUCCAGUCCUGCAAACAUGAACUCAAGGAGCUCCAUUGCCAGCCCUUCCAAUGCCAAUAAUAGAUCCACUCGUUCUAGUCCAGCGGUUAGCACUGUGGGAUCAUCCAUCUGUAGCCCUGUAAACAACUCCCUAGGAUUCCUGGCUUCCGGCACGCCGGUGGGACCUAGCAGAAGCCAAGAUACCGUUCCCAGUCCAGAAACAAAGGACAAGGGUGCUCAAGGACUCACAUUUCCUAAGAUGGAGGAAAUGGAGAACGCCAUCUCCAACAACAGUCAGAUGAACCUUGUUCAGUUCAUAAAACCUGAGCCAGAUGGUUCGUUCGGCAGCGCGUGCAUCGGUGACAGCAGCAAAAUAAACUCUGAUUCCCCCUUUUCAGUACCAGUGAAGCAAGAGUCAGCCAAGCAUCCUUGUUCUGGUGCCUCUUUUAAAGGGAAUCAAACAGUAAAUCCUUUCCCAUUUACCGAUGGCUCGUAUUUUUCUUUUAUGGAUGACAAAGACUAUUACUCUCUUUCUGGGAUUUUAGGACCACCUGUUUCUUCGUUUGAUGGAAGUUGUGAAGGUAGCGGGUUUCCAAAUUCAGGCCUACCUGUGGGAAUUAAGCAGGAGCCUGACGAUGGCAGCUAUUACCAAGAAAACAGUAUACCAUCCUCUGCCAUUGUGGGUGUAAAUUCAGGUGGACAGUCGUUUCACUACAGGAUCGGCGCCCAAGGCACAAUAUCUUUGUCACGACCGGUUGCUCGAGAGCAGGCAUUUCAGCACUUGAGCUCGUUCCCUCCAGUCAGCACGUUAGUGGAGACCUGGAAGUCGCAUUCGGAGUUGGCAUCCAGAAGAAGUGAUGGGUAUCCAGUUCUAGAGUACAUUCCAGAAAACGUGUCCAGCUCUUCAUUGAGAAGUGUGUCAACUGGAUCUUCAAGACCUUCCAAAGUCUGUUUGGUGUGCGGAGAUGAGGCAUCUGGAUGUCAUUAUGGGGUGGUCACAUGUGGCAGCUGUAAAGUUUUCUUCAAGAGAGCAGUAGAAGGACAGCACAAUUACCUGUGUGCGGGAAGGAAUGACUGCAUAAUUGAUAAGAUUCGGAGAAAGAACUGCCCAGCCUGUCGAUUACAGAAAUGUCUGCAAGCUGGAAUGAAUUUAGGAGCCCGGAAGUCCAAAAAGUUGGGGAAAUUGAAAGGGAUGCAUGAGGAACAGCCACAGCAGCGGCAGCAGCCACCACCCCAGAGCCCUGAGGAAGGGACGACAUAUAUUGCGCCUGUGACUGAGCCCUCUGUAAACACUGCACUUGUCCCCCACAUGUCUGCUAUCUCACCAGCACUUACUCCCUCUCCUGUUAAGAUCCUUGAAAGCAUUGAACCGGAGAUUGUGUAUGCAGGAUAUGACAGUUCGAAGCCAGACACUGCAGAAUACCUGCUUUCCACCUUAAACCGCCUGGCUGGCAAGCAGAUGAUUCAGGUGGUGAAGUGGGCAAAGAUACUUCCAGGAUUUAGAAACUUGCCUCUCGAGGACCAAAUUACUUUAAUUCAGUAUUCAUGGAUGUGUCUGUCAUCGUUUGCCUUGAGUUGGAGAUCGUACAAACACACAAACAGCCAGUUCCUCUAUUUUGCUCCAGACCUGAUCUUCAAUGAGGAACGGAUGCGCCAGUCUGCUAUGUUUGAACUGUGCCAGGGGAUGCACCAGAUCAGUCUGCAGUUUGUUCGCUUGCAGCUUAGCUUUGAGGAGUACACUAUAAUGAAAGUGUUGCUGCUGUUAAGCACAGUUCCCAAGGAUGGUCUCAAAAGCCAAGCUGCAUUUGAAGAAAUGAGGGCAAAUUACAUUAAAGAACUAAAGAAGAUGGUAACUAAAUGUCCAAGUAACUCUGGGCAAAGCUGGCAGAGAUUCUACCAACUGACUAAACUUCUUGACUCCAUGCAUGAUCUUGUUAGUGACUUAUUGGAAUUCUGUUUCUACACCUUCCGAGAGUCUCAGGCACUGAAAGUAGAGUUUCCAGCCAUGCUGGUGGAAAUCAUCAGUGACCAGCUACCAAAGGUGGAAUCUGGGAAUGCCAAGCCCCUGUACUUUCACAGGAAGUGAUAGAAAAUGUCUUAAAUGGAAGAACUUUGCCUUAAGUUUCCCUGUGUUAUUCCACACCCAUGAAGGACCCAAGGAACCAUAUUUUAAACAUGCUAUUUACAGUUGUUCAGCAGUCUCUGAAUAGUCUAAAAUCACAUGAAGUGUUUGGGGAAUGGAAAGCAGUUGACUCGGAUGUGGCAAGACCUAGAUGUUUGGAAAUUACCCCAUAACCCUAAAAUACUUAGAAAAUGUUCCUGUUCCUCUGGAUGAAAAGCCAUAUCUAGUCGAUAACUCUUUGAUUUUGAUAUUUUAACAGAUGGAGUUUUAAAUAUUCCAUGUAGUUUCUGGUAUUGUUUGCUUGUUUUAAAAGGGUUCAAGAACUAAUGAGAACUUUUUAAAGCUUACCCUUGGUUUGCACAUAAAACGUAAAGUCAAUAUGGGGCAUUAAUAUUCUUUUCUUGUAAAAAAACAAAAACAAACAAAAACUAUAUAUAUACACACACAUAUAUACACACAAACACACACACACACACAAACCCUAAUGUGUAAAGUAAUAACAGAACAUUUGGUGUGGAAUACUCUGUUAUCCCCACCUGAGGCAUUUGUUAUCCCAUGUUAUCCCAUCAUAGAUGAUAAUACACUGUGUUAAGUGUCCAUUUACUAUUUAAUUAAAAAGGAUAAGAUGUGAAAACAAAUGCCCUGGUAUCAAUUUAUAGUAUCUAUUGUGCUGGCUUUACAAAUAAUUUUUUGCAGUCUUUUGCUGUACUGUACAUUGCUGUAUGUAUAAAUUGUGAAGGACCUGAAAUAAGGUGUAAGGAACUUUUGUAAAUGAGACAAAAAUCUUUAAUGGUUAAUAGGAUGAAUGGGAAAGUAUUUUUGAAAGAACUCUAUUUUGCUGGAGACUAUUUAAGUACUAUCUUUGUCUAAACAAACAAGGUAAUUUUUUUGUAAAGUGAAAUGUUCUGCAUGCAUAAUGAACCGUUUACAGUGUAUUUAAGAAAGGGAAAGCUGUGCCUUUUUUAGCAUCAUAUCUAAUUUACCAUCCUACAGUAUCUGUUGUAAAUAACCACAUUUAACCUUUUCAGUUGUAUUUAAGCCUUUCUAUUUUCCUCUAUAUUUUUCUCCCUUUUGUCUCGUUUGCAAGCGUAUGUGACUUGAGCACAUCUUAGAAAUCCUGCUUCAUAUUUCUGUAGGAAACUACACGAUGUUGUGUUUGCCGCUUUACAAAGGUUUCAUUUAACAAGACAAAUCACAGUCUCUCCAAAGCUUUUGCCAGCUUAAUGAUGUAGUAAGUUCUUGCCCUCUCUUCCCUUUCUCUCUCAGGGGAACAGGGGUGAAUAAGAUGUUGAAUGAUUCUCUUUUUUUAUUAAGGUUUCCCCAAUCAUUUAUUUUUCCUUUGAAUACCGAAUACAAAAAAACAUCUUAAAAGGUCAGAUUAUUAUUUCAGAUGAGGGAGAGUGAUUUCAGGUUAUGAUGAAAGGAACAUGCAGAUCAUUACAGUAAGUAUAUUGAAUAGAUUUGUAUUGGUGAGAGGGAUGGUAAGGUACUGAUAAGGGCAGAUAAGCUGAGAAUUUUUAGUGAUAUACUCAAACCAUAUGUAAUUUUGUAAGCAUUUUUGUAAUAAUCAGAAUACAUCUGAGAAGACAAAUGUUCACACUAAAAGUUCAACUCAGUUGGUCUGUAUUUGUCUCAAAAAUGUUUUCUCUAGAAUAAGACUGCAAUGAAAAACUUUUUGAGGUGAUUUUCACUAUUUCACAAUUUAUAAGCAAAUACAAAAUUUUGGAGUAGAAUAGAGGACAGGUGAACUUUUCUGAGGCUCAACAGUUGCUACCGUAAGCUCAUGUUUAACUAGAAUAGUUUUUCAGAGGCCUAAUCUAUAGUGUUCUCUCUGGGUGCCAUUGGUAUUUUUGAGCUCCAGUUCAUCCCCUGGCUGGUCAGAAUGUAGCAUUUAUUUUAAAUAGUAGUAAAAUUAAGAAUUCUACACCCUUUCUGAGUCCAAAUUUUGAGGUGUGCUUUGGUGCACUGAAGACAGUCAGUGCUACUUGUCUUUUUAAAUGACACCUGCCUUAUGCAAUGGGUAAUCUGUAAAGACUGUAUUCAGAGAGGUUUUUUAUAUAUAAAUAUAUACAUACAUAUAUUAUUUGCAUUUUGGAAGUCUAAUUCAUAGGCAGAUCUUUAAAUACUGACCUGCACAGCAAUAUGAAAGCCAAACUUCCAAUGUGAGAUACACAGCAUGCAGACUGGUUGUUUACAGUAAAGACGCAGUCAUACAUCCAUCUCUUCAUUUACAUUUUUUUUAAAAGUCCAAAAUAGAAAAUUUCAAAGCCAGGUUCUGGGUGAAUACAGUCUGCAGCAGCUUUUUAUAUUAACAAAGUUACUGCCUCCUUUUCUGUCUCAGAGUAACUUUGCUUGAUUAAAAUAGCGAAGCCAUAUUCUACACUUCACUGUUAAAUGCCUGUCCCAGUCCAAAUUGUUGUCUGUUUGCUCCUAUUUUUGUACCUUAUUACUUUUAAUCUUGGUUUGGUACAAUUCAUAAUUCACAGAAACUUCAUAUAAUUAAACACACUAAAUUAGUUUUAAAAAGCAAUUUAUAUCUUUAUGCAAAAACGUAUGUCUGUCUUUGCAAACAACUGUAAGCAGAUUAUAAUAAAUCCUUUACUUUAAUCACCUGUUGUUUAUGAAACCAUUCAUUAUUAUUUUUUGCUAGACAUCACUGAAGAAAUAGAUACAAUUGGAUAUAGAUGUUGUAAGAGGCAGUAUUCUCUUAUCAAGGACACUUACGCAGAAUAGCCAUCACUUUUUUUAUCUAAACCUGUGUACAGCAAAAAAACAAAAACAAACAACCCUAGUUUUUAGCUACUGAGGAGUUACGUUCUUUUGAAUUUGUUUAGAAUGAAAUAGGCAUUUGUCUCCUGCAAAAUACAAGGCAAACUAAAUACCUUUUAGAAGUGGGCUUCUGUUCAUCGAGCUAAAUUAUUUUGGUGUAAGAAGGAACGGGGAUAUACAGCAAGAGCAUUGUAUACACAGUGAAAAAUGUAAAAUAGUGUUCAUGUAAUGCAGUGGGUAUUUCAGGAAUAGUACACAUCAUGCGACUGAACAGUUGCGCAAAAUAAAAUAGAGAAGACUAAAGUUUGCAAUAUCAAAAUCUUAUUAAAAAGAUACUUUACAAUCAAUAAUGCAAAAAGCUAAUUCACAGGGUGGUGUUUUUCACUUACUUGUUUAAACAUUUAUGAAAUUAAACAAUUCUACAGUUAAUGCACUUUUAAUUGUUUAUUAAAGAUUUGACUUUUUUUAGAGCAAUGUUUUCAGCUGGAGGUCAAUGACUUGAUAAGAUAGACAGCAGUUCUGAGGCCAGGAAGCUCAGAGGAAUGUUUUAAGAAUUCUUGGAGUUUAAAUAGAUUCCUGGAUGAGAAGUAAAAGCAGCCAGCAGUAUGGUGUAAACAGUAAAAUCUAUGCAUAAUGAUGCAUUUAUAAUUAGGGGUUUGCUUCUGUAUGUUUAAAGCUUUUU